UGUCAUCAGUGUCAUAAUGACAUUGAUUGAUUGUGGCACCCGCACUGCCUGUUUGCUUUGUUUUCUAUUUUCGUCGCCACAAUUAUUAACUAAUUCUUAAAAUUUCUACAGAAAAGACGAUUACUCUCGAAUCUUAACAUAAUACUGUUUACUGUAUUCGACUUGUGACUCAUAGGCAGAUUCGCAUUGUACUAAUAACCUCAAUUUUAUUUAGUAGUCAAACUGUAUCUCGUACACUAGUAACUUUGAAUUAACUAAGUUUCAGUUUAAGACGGUUUCUAUGACUUGAAAGCAUGCAAGUUACAAUAAUGAAGGCUCGUAAUAUUUUCAAGUUGUACCAGCAAGCGCUGACGCGCCGUCCAUACUUGGUACAAGCAAUACAAACAGGCACAUUAAUGGCCACUGGAGAUAUCAUAUCCCAAACCUUUAUUGAGAACAAAUCAUAUAAACACCUGGAUUUUAAGAGAACUAUUGGAUUCUCCUCAAUUGGCUUUUUUGUGGGUGGACCUGCUCUUCGGGUUUGGUAUGGGCUGCUGAAUAAUCACAUAGGAGCAAAUGGCAAGACAGUUGCAUUUAAAAAAGUGUUUGUUGACCAAGUGGUGUUUGCUCCAGCUUUCCUCCUACUGAUACUCACUGCAGUGGGCACAUUACAGGGUAAAAGUUGGGAAAACAUAGAGUUAGACGUAAAAGCUAAUUACCUUGAUGUAUUGAAGACUAAUUAUUACAUCUGGCCUUGGGUGCAGCUGGCUAACUUCUAUUACAUACCACUUCAGUAUCAAGUGCUUGUGGUGCAAUCUGUAGCUUUGUUUUGGAACACCUAUUUGUCUUGGAAGACAAAUAGAAAGAGGCUAAUCGAAUAAAUUCAAUAAUAAAUCUCAUUAUAUCUUAGUUUGAACUAUGUAGUGUUUAUUUAGCACAAUAAUGUACAACUUUGUGAUGUUAUGUUUUUAAUUAAUGUUCAAUAAAUGACUAUUUUUAUUUCCA